CAGCGGGGACGACGGAGGAGGCGGUGGCUGUGGCGGCGGCGUCGGUGCGGUGCCCGCCCAGGGCGCGGGGGCCGGGAACGGGCGGAGGGGUCACCUGGGCAUCCCCGAGGCCAUCUUUGUGGAAGACGUGGAUGCCUUUAUGAAGAAGCCUGGGAACGAGACGGCCGACGUGGUCCUCAAGAAGUUGGAUGAGCAGUAUCAGAAGUAUAAGUUUAUGGAACUAAACCUCGCUCAGAAGAAAAGAAGGCUAAAGAGCCAGAUCCCCGAAAUCAAACAGACGUUAGAAAUUUUAAAAUAUAUGCAGAAGAAAAAGGAAUCGGCGGAUGCGUUGGAGACCAGGUUCCUGCUGGCAGACAACCUCUACUGCAAAGCUUCGGUUCCUCCGACGGAUAAAGUGUGCCUGUGGCUGGGGGCGAACGUGAUGCUCGAAUACGACAUCGACGAAGCUCAGGCGCUGCUCGAAAAGAAUCUCUCGACGGCCACGAGGAACCUCGACUCUUUAGAAGAAGACCUAGACUUUCUUCGGGAUCAGUUCACCACCACAGAAGUCAAUAUGGCUCGGGUGUACAAUUGGGAUGUAAAGAGAAGAAAUAAAGACGAUCCCACCAAAAGCAGAGCGUAGUGCUGACAAUUUUAAUGGGGCUCAGAUUUCCAGACCUUUUUUUUUUUUUUUUUUUGUAUCCUGAAUGGACCGAACGAACUCUGAAUCUUCCCAACCACCACCUCGAAUUCGAUCGGAAGGCAAGGGCCAGCCACGUUUUAUUUAUUUAUAGAGAUGAGAUUUGGUUUUUGUGCAUGUUUCAUGAAAUUAAGAGUUAUUGAAAACAGAUCCACACGGCCUCACCGAGGACCUGGAAAUAACGGACCCGUAUGGAGCCUCCCCGGAGUGAAGGACACACACCCUUUCUGCAAACCCAAGAGUGAUGCCGUGUUGCAGCAUCUGCCGUUGCUAGACCCAUGAGCUGAUCUGCCUUAUGUAAAGACGGUUUUUAAAAAUCCCAUUGUCGUGUGCUUGACAUAAAGUGGUUUGUGUGUCUGA